UUACCGCUCUGGUCAUGGUAAUGUGUUUAUUUUAUUCAUAUGCAUGUUCUGGAUCAAUGGUAACCGAUUUCGUCAUUUUGUUACCAGAAUUGUAUCGAAUAUGGAUAAAGAAUAUCGUCAAAUUGAUGGUAGCCAUUUAGAAGGUGGUGGACAAAUUUUACGAAUUGCUACAGUAUUAAGUAGUUUAUUGAAUAUACCGAUCGAAAUACGAAAUAUUCGUGCUGGUCGACCAAAACCAGGAUUAGCACCGCAACAUCUUCAUGGUUUACGAAUAGCACGUGAUAUAACUAAUGGACAAUUAUUGAAUGCUGAAAUCGGUUCAACUUCGAUACAAUUUUGUCCAUCAAAAAUUAAUGCCGGUAAUUAUCUGACUGAUAUAGGUACGGCAGGCAGCGUUACGUUGAUUCUUCAAACAGCUAUACCAUUAUUACUUUAUGCAAAUGGCCCAUCAACAUUAGAAAUAUACGGUGGUACACAUGUUCCAUUUGCACCGUUUGUUAAUUUUUUCACUGAUAUUCUACCCGAUUAUUUAUCAUUUAUGAAACAAAUUCAAAUUCAUUGUAAUCGAUUUGGUUUCUAUCCACAAGGUGGUGGUCAUAUAACAUGUCAAAUUGAUCCAACAACAAUACAAUUACCAUUACAAUCAAUCGAACGAAUUGAUUUCGGUGAAUUAAACGAAAUAAAUGGUUUUGUAAUGAUAUCUGGUCGAAUUCGGCGACCAAUAGCCGAAUCAAAUAUUCAAUCAGCUAUGGAAAUUUUCUAUAAUCAACAAUCAAAAAUGAUUGAUGAAAAUCGUAUAAAUAUUUUCAUAAAUGAAUGUCGUACACGAAAUGAUGUUUUAGCUAUGAUGUUAUCAGCACGUACAACAAAAAAUUGUAAUUUAUCAUCAUCUUCAAUUGUUUCAAGACGAAAUGAAAUGCAUACAAAUAUUUAUGGUCAAAAAAUAGCCGAAAAACUUUGCCAUGAUUUAGAACAACAAUGUUGUGUUGAUGAAUUUAUUCAAGAUCAAUUGAUUAUUUAUAUGGCAUUAGCUGAUGGUAUUAGUCGAAUAAUUACCGGUGAAAUAUCAUUACAUACUCAAACAGCUAUAUGGAUAACUGAACAAUUAACUGGCGUCAAAUUUUCAAUAAAAUUAAUUGAUCAAUCGAAACAAUUGAAUAUGAUUGAAUGUAAAGGAUUAGCAUAUAAACCGGAAAGAUAUUAUUCUUGAUUCGAAUUUAUUUAAUGUAUUUUUAUUUACAAAACAACGACAUUUUAUCAAAUUUGAGCUCAAUUAUAAAAAAAAAGCAUUUUGCUUGAAAAAUA